AGUAUGACAGGACAAGUAAAACCGCUUCUACACCACACCACAACAGCUGAAUUGGUAUUUAGGGGGAGAAUAGUUCAACAGGAUGUCUGGUGAAUAACGCCAUAACGAUCGCGGAGAACGCACUUGAUAGUUCUACACGCAAAGCAAUGGAUCAUCGCGCAGUCCUUCUCGCUGUCUCCAUUCUGUGGACAGCAAAGGCGGCGGCUGAAAUGAACCAAGGUGGACAUUUGCAGGAGCUGUCCGGAGCUGACUCGAUGGGGAUCAAGUUGGCACUUUCUCCUCUUGGUGGGAAUGGAACCAGUAAUGGCUCAAGUGCGACCGAACUUACCUAUGGUUUUGUUUCGUGCGCUGUGGCUGUGGUGUUCUACGGAAGCAACUUCGUCCCGGUAAAGAAGAUAGACACCGGGGAUGGUAUGUUUUUCCAGUGGGUUCUCUGUGCUGCUAUAUGGACGGUGUCUCUUAUCGUGAACAUCAUUCUUGACAGCCCGAAAUUUUGGCCCUUGGCUAUGGUGGGCGGAGCCAUAUGGGCCACAGGAAAUAUAACGGUGGUGCCGAUUGUGAAGACCAUUGGCCUGGGGCUAGGACUCCUGAUCUGGGCCUCCUUUAAUUUACUCAUGGGCUGGGCCAGUUCAAGGUUUGGCUGGUUUGGCAUCGAAGCAGAAACUGUAGGACAGCCUGUGUUAAACUACUGUGGGGCUGCGUUGUGCUUUGUCAGCGCCAUUGUGUUUUUCUUUGUGAAGAGUGAUGUUCAGAGAGUAGAAGAGGAGGCUCCUUUACUCAUACAAAAUAAUACUGACAAUAUCAGUACCAUCUAUACCAUCACCCCUUGCACUCAGUCUUUGCCAACCAGCGAAGUCUGUUCAGCCACAGAUUCCUCGCCAGUCCCUGCAAGACUGACAGGCUGCGCAAAUAAUUCAGAUGAUGCAGUUACCUCAGACGAUUCUUGGGUGGACCGACUCAGACCAAGUACUAAAAGAUUAGUGGGCUCCGCUAUGGCUGUUGUGGCAGGCACGCUGUAUGGCUCCUCGUUCAUCCCUGUACUUUACAUGAAAGCCCAUGCAGACGAUCCAGACAGCCCAUUCCAUGGAGCCAGUCAAUUUGAUCUGGAUUAUGUGUUUGCUCAGUUUAGUGGAAUCUUUCUCACCAGCACAGUCUACUUCCUCCUCUACUGUGCAGCAAUGAAGAACAAACCCAAAGUGUUCUCAAAAGCCAUUCUACCAGGGUUUGCCUCAGGCGUUAUGUGGGGAGUGGCUACAUGUUGCUGGUUUUUGGCUAAUCACUACCUGAGUCCUGUGGUUAGUUUCCCCAUCAUCACCACAGUCCCUGGUCUUAUUGCAGCUGGAUGGGGGGUAUUGGUAUUUAAGGAGGUGAAGGGUUUACAAAACUACCUGGUCCUUGGACUAGCUUUCUGCUUGGUGGUAGCAGGUGCCUUGCUAACAGGCUUUUCAACGGUGUAGCAAAACUCGCCACAAGGGAUCAACAAGAGAAAAAGGAUUAUGUUUUCAGCAUUUUUGUCUUUUUUAAAAUGGCAUUAGUCAAUAUGUGGAUGUUUACAUGAUUUUAUGUUAGAAAGUAUUUUAAUGAAUCAUUAUCGACCUCUGUCCAUGAUGCCAAGUAUCAUUUGUUUUCCACUUACUGCACUGACUCUGUCUUCUAAAACUAUGAGAAACUCUGUGAAAUGUUUCCAACUUCAGUUUUUCCAAGAAGGGUUAUUUUCCACUUUGAUUUUGUGUGACACUGAUCACUUCAUACAUACAAAGUCUGUAAAUAAAAGGCUUGUGAGAUUUUUAAACAAAUGUUUUUUUUAAGAAAAAUAAUGUACAGUAUCUUUUUGGAUAAAAUAUGAACAAUGUGAUAUAGAUUCUUUGAUAUACUAUGCUUGAAAUACAUGUUAUUAUCAGG